AUGGUCCGAAAACUGAAACAUCAUGAGGAGAAACUCCUGAAAAAGGUUGAUUUCUAUGACUGGGAACAAGACAAUGGCCACAAAGAAACCCUGAUCAUGCAACGCUAUCACAUCCAGAACCGCAACGACUAUAGCAAGUACCAUAAGUUAUGUGGUGAAAUACGGCGGUUUGCUUUGAAGCUGACGGAGCUCGAUGCACGAGACCCAGUUCGUCUGAAACAUGAAAAGUUGAUGCUGGAAAAGCUUGAAUCUAUGGGUGUGCUUGGGUUUGGUGGUCGUAAAGCAAAAGUUAGUGAUUUGGAGGGUCAAAUCAUAGUCUCCAACUUUUGCCGGCGACGAAUCCCAGUAGUCAUGUGGAGACUCAAAAUGGCACCAUCAAUCCGAGAUGCAACUCUGUUUGUAGAGCAGGGUCAUGUACGCGUGGGACCUCAGGUUAUCACAGACCCAGCGUUUUUGGUCACAAAGAAGAUGGAGGAUUACCUAACAUGGGUCGAUGAGUCUAAGAUUAAAAGAAAUAUUGCAAAAUACAGACAAGAAGUGGACGACUUUUUAUUAUAG